AAUUCCAUUCUAUAGCAUUCUCUCUCUUUCAUUCUCUCUCUUUUAUUUUUUAUAAAAAAAUGAGUGAGCAAAAGAUUGUACGCAAACGACUGCAAGGUUACGUUGGUUUUGCCAAUUUACCUAAUCAGGUACAUCGUAAGUCUGUUAAAACCGGUUUUGAAUUUACUUGUAUGGUUGUUGGUGAAUCUGGUCUUGGAAAAUCAACCUUGAUUAAUACCUUGUUCAAUACUCAAAUCAUUCCUCCCAGAGAGAUUCAUAUCCCUCAAGAAUUACCCAAGACAAUUGACAUUCGAUCUCUGACAUCUCAUAUAGAAGAGAAUGGUGUCAGACUCAAGUUGACCGUCGUUGACACUCCUGGCUUUGGUGACUUUAUCAAUAAUGAACAAAGUUGGAAACCUAUUCUUGGUGACAUCGAGGCUCGAUAUAAUACCUAUCUUGAACAAGAGACGCGUGUCCAUCGUCAUCGGUUGGAGGAUAACCGUAUCCAUGCCUGUAUCUACUUUAUUGCUCCCACAGGUCAUUCUUUAAAGCCAAUUGAUAUCGAACUUAUGCGUCGUCUUCACAAACGCGUAAAUUUGAUUCCAGUCAUUGGCAAGGCUGAUACCAUGUCUAAUGAAGAAAUCAUAAGCUUCAAACAACGUAUUAUGGCUGACAUUGAACACCAUGAAAUCCAAAUAUACCAGGCUUCUACUUAUGAGCAUGAUGAUAUAGAAACUGUUUCUGAGAAUAGAGAAAUUAUGUCCAAGGUUCCCUUCGCCAUCGUUGGCUCCAAUCAUGAAUAUACCACACAGAGUGGUCAUCGUUUCCGUGGAAGGCUCUAUCCUUGGGGUAUCAUCGAGGUUGAUAAUGAAGAUCACUGCGACUUUGUUAAAUUGCGUCAAAUGCUUAUUCGCUCCCAUAUGGAAGAACUAAGGGAGUAUACCAAUGAUGUUCUUUACGAAAACUAUCGUACUGAGAGAUUAUCAGCCAUGGGUUUCCAACAGGAUGCAUCAGUAUUCCAGGAAGUCAAUCCUCAGCAAAGAAUGGAAGAAAGACGUAUUGCAAACGAGCAAAGAUUAGCCAAGUUGCAAUCAGAAAUGAAUGCCAUAUUACAAGCAAAGGCUCAAGAUAAGGAAAGGAAGUUGAAACAGUCUGAACAGGAGCUCUAUAUUCGACACAGAGAGAUGAAGGAAGCACUUGACAGGCAACUAACAGAACUAGAAGAAAAGAAGCGUAGAUUAGACAUCGAAAGAACAAAGAAGAAAGGAUUUGCUUUUAAAUAAAUAAAUUACCCUAUAAGGAUUUCAUCCAUCUAUCCAAUUUUGCCAAGGAGCGGUCUAAAUGUCUAACCUGCGCUGCUAAAUCAUCGUAUUGUAUCUUGAUCUCUUCCUCUAUAUCUUCUACUUUAGGUUUGGGAUAGGUUGAAAAUGCAUUCUUGAUGGACGUAAAGACGAUUUCUAUAGACUCUCUAUCAACGGAUAGAUCAUCUAGCAUAUCCUGAAUGUACUGUAAUUGUCUAUAUUUUUCCAUGUCUGUCUUCUUUGAUGUCAUUAAAGAGAAAAGAAAAGAGCGGAUAAAGAAUAAUACG